UGUCAACAUGAACGCUCUUUAUGAUUGGAAGAAGAGUACACAAUUUGCUACAUUUAAGCAGAUUCAUUACAGUUUGAAGGAGGAAGAUAUUGACAUUCACAAAUUAUGUCAGAUUUCAAGAGAAAAUCAGAAAGUGUUGGACCAACAAAGAGACGUGUUGCUUCUGAGACCAUCAGAGUCUAAUAUAAAACAACUGCCUAAUCAUAUAGGUAAUCAAACUUAUCAGCUUGGAAUAGAACUUGGGUUUAAAGUGGUGGACAUGCAACACAUUGCAAUGAACCACGUGACAAAUCUUCGUGGCCAAACGGAGGAGGUUCUAAACAUAUGGCGAAGACGUCCAGAAGCUACAUUUGAAGUUUUAGUCAAAGCUCUGCAUCGCAUUGAGUUAUCCAGUGUACUAUCAUACAUGACAUACGAAGUAGAAUUAGAGGGAAAAUUUAAAGAGAGAAUCAUACAGGAUAUUAAUAUCAGUCAGACUUUAGAUCAUAUGAUGUCACAAUUGGUGAUAUCAUCAGAUGAUAGACGUCGCAUUGAGCAGCAUGCUGGACAAGAUGAUCAGAAUGAAGCCUUGCUUGAAGUAAUAAAUAAAAGGGGAGGGCAUAUUUAUACAGUGUUUGUUGAUGCACUACGGACAAGUGGCUACACAGAUCUAGCUGAUGAAUUUAAAUGUGAUUCACAGGAAGAAAGUUCAUGUGAAGCAUUAGAACAACCUCCAAGUAAAGGAUUGUCCGAAUGGACUGUUCCAGUUUAUAGAGUUCGUCUACAGAAGAAUUAUUCAAAUAUUAUUGACUGUAUAAAUCAUGAAAAAAUAGUAGAUCAUUUAAUAUCACGUGAUAUUUUGACAAUAGCUGAUAGUCAAAUGAUAAAUGCCUGUCCAGCACAAAUACAAAAGAACAGAAAACUAAUGGACAUUCUAUUGCAUGGGAGUGAAAAGGGAUAUAAUGAAUUUCUCAACUCUCUACAAGAAGACUCUGUCCAUACGGAGCUGGCAGAUGAAAUAGAAAACACGCCAGUUUCAAGCAGAGAUUUAUCAACCAUGCAGGGUUGCUAUAAAUAAACAGGAAGAAAGUAGAUUACAUGUUUAUUCAUUUUGUAUCUAAACAACUAUAAAAAUCUUUCUAUGUAUACUGAGAAAGUAAAGUAUAAAUAGCCUUCGUAUCAGUUGAUACGCAGUACGUAAGUUACUUGUGGAUUUUAUAUCUUGAGUUGUUUUUAAGUAAAGAUUAUGCAUGGUUUUGUUAAGAAAAACAUUAAUUUGUAAAAGAGCAGUUUUGAUGAACAAUGUCGAAGAAAAACAAUCACAGAUAAUAGCAUACACAAAAAGGAAAAACACCAACAAGACUCAAACCACUGUACAUAACACAGAAAAACUAAAGAUUAUUCAACAUGAAAACCUGGUUGUUAUGUCUGGCUCGCGAGUGAGGUAGUUAUUUUAAAUCAACAUCUGUUUGUCAGCAACCGUACAGAGAACACAAUGGUUUACAGAAGACAAAAAUAAUUUACCAAUUAAAUCGAACUUCAGUUCAUGUUUAUCUUUAAAUUAACAACUCAAAAACUCUAUGUAUUUUUUCUUAAAUUGUAUGUUUUUGAUAUGCAACUGUUUAAGAUAUGUAAAUAUUUAUUGAUGUUUUAAUGCAGUUGUUUUGUUGUUAUCAGAGUUACAAAUUAUCACUCUCUGAUUUUAAUAGUCUCUAUCUAAAUCAUAUUGAAUGCUUUUGUCAAAGAUACAUUUAUAUUUAUCUCAGUUUGUAAAUUAUAGUUUGAAACAGUUUGUGAAAUGUUGUAAACUAUAUAGGUGUAUAUAAAUGUAACAUAUUGUUAUUACAUUAUAUUCAAGAAGUAAUCUGCAGAUUUAAUGAAAAGCGUGAGCGGUAUGUAUGAGCGCUUUAAGAAACAGCAUCUGAAAUGAGCUUAUAAUUUAUAUUGCUUCACGGUAUAUUGCUUGUGUUAUAUGGAUGCAAAUGUUGUGUACCUAAAAGAAGCAAAACAAACAUUGGACAUUAAUUUAUUAUUGUUUCAGGGUUUGUUGUCUGCGUUGUAUGGAUGCAUAUUUUUGAUACCUUAAGAAAACAAACAAAAGGGCAAUGUACAUUUAUCUAGUUUAUGUUUCAGGGUUUGUUGUA